UAAACCUUGCAAAGAAAAUCAAACUGGAGGUGCCAUCGGCAACGUUGUGCCUAUCACUCAGUCUGGCAGUAGUGAAUAUGCCAACAACAGCGGAAGGCCAUCAGGAACUAGUUCCAUGUGGAAACAGGACACUCUCUACUUACGACAAGGUGUGCUCCAUGAGCCAGGCAGCUACAGUUGUGGGGAAAGACUUUUCCGGUGUGUACCAUCAAAGUGACAAUGCAACUUUCUACUUUGAGAAUGAAGAAUCCCUUCUUGAAAAGGUUUAUGCUGCUAAGAAACUUUACCCACUGAAAUGUGUUGCGACUUUCUACACUGACUUUGAAGACUCCACUGGGCUUUGUAAAACAAAGGCACCAUUUUCUCGGCUAAAGCAGAUUUCAAGGGCAUUGGGUUACCAUAAGACAAUGAAUGAACCAAUUACUGCUGUUGAAGCCAAGCAUGGAACAUCAAAUGCCUCUCGGUCACUUGUUUGUGUGAUCACCGACCACUACCCUGACUUUGACAAAUUUCCCGUGGAGUACUGCGAUUACCUGUUAUUUGUUGACCCCAAUGUCAGGUUCAGGAGGAAUUCUUUCCGUGAUUUCUUAGGCGGGACAUUUGAGACGUUCUUAAGCUAUCGGUCACGACCUAACCUGCAGGCAAUUAUAGGAUUUUUAAUAAUCAAUGAUAACUGGAAACUCCUUCUCUCAGACAGCAUAAACUAUGCUUUGAACUUGGGGAACUGGCUUCGAGAGAAAAAAUUGGGUGGUGUGGCGUUCGUGAUGCCAGAGGUGGCAGAUACUAUUGCAGAGCAGCUGCUCGUCUUUGUAAACCUGUUCAAAAAGAAUCAUCCGGAUCUAAAGCUCAUUGUUGCUGCUCCUGUGACUGAAAAACCAAAUGCUGUGCUUCCAUUUGUUGAUGUUGUGGACAUUCUGAUAUUCUUGACACACCGCAAGUCACCAGAAUCUCCAUGCAGAAUAACACUGCCAUCCACGCGAUCACUACUGCAGGAUGAGAAUAAUGACUUGGCAGCAUCGGCUCUCUUCAUGCAAGCCUUUGGGGACAAAAAGCAUCAGCCAUUGAUGUGCUUCUCUCUUAACUUUGCAACAAUCAAGUUUGAUUUGAAAGACAACAAAACUGAAUUUGGUGCUCCAUGUGGAAAGGAAACUUGGGUCAACUAUUACGAGACCUGCCCUCGCACCGGAGUCUUUGAGGGCUUUUUCGCGGGAUUCAAGACUAUGGUGCAGUUUUCAGAAAACACAGUUUGGACGUAUGAGGAUGAAUACACAGUGUCCUGGAAACUGCUGUCCUAUCUCCAGUCUAACCCGAUGACUUGUGUAGCUGCUUUCAACCUUGACUAUGAAGACCGGAGAGGCGUUUGUCGGCAGCCUUACUCCAGGCUUGCCAGGCUCAGCAAUGCUCUUGGUAGGGUUGAUCUGUGAAUGACCUUAGAGUGAAAAAUAUAAAAGAAACCUGUUAUCACUCUG